UCCAUAAAAAACACAUCCUUCGCUCACUAUAAAUAACCCUCUGCACUUCAACUCAUCAUCACAGAUUCACACUCUAUUCCAUUCCAUUCCAUUCCAUUCCUUCACAGUAUCAUCAGAUCUCGAUUUGGUUGAAGAAAGAAUGGCAGGAGGAAGAUCUUCAUACACAGCUCUCAUUUUGGUUCUAUCGCUGGUUCUCUUGAUCACAUUUGCCGAUGUAGCUCAGGGAUACAACAAGCUUCGUCCCCAAGAUUGCAAGCCUAAAUGUACAUACAGGUGUUCUGCAACAUCACACAAGAAGCCAUGCAUGUUCUUCUGUCAAAAGUGUUGUGCUAAAUGCUUGUGUGUUCCAGCUGGUGUUUAUGGCAACAAACAGACGUGUGCUUGUUACAACAACUGGAAGACUCAAGAAGGCAAACCCAAGUGUCCUUGAUUUUUAUGUUUCAAACUUUAGAGGGGCUCCAUUGACAAUUCUUUAAAAUGGAAGGACCUAACUCUUUUUCUCAUUCAAUAAUUUCAAGUUUAUUGCUGUUUUAUUAAAAGGAUAACAAUGGGCAUUUUAGUCAAAAUGUUAUCCGACCAAAAUUGUGUUUGCCUUCUUUUAUCUGUAUCAAUGUUAAAAAAAAUUUAAAGAAAAAAAAAAAAAUCAAACUUACUUGUUUUAGAAA